GUCACUUACAGCACGCGAUUAUUGUGAAAUGACAACUGGACGCAUACCGUUCAAAUCCAGCGUUACCUUGCUUUAUAAAUGUUUUAAAUGAUAUAUUGCCAUCAUAUAUCGAUUAAAAACAUUUAUUGGGAAGUGCAGCGCAGCGGUAGCCGUGUGUCUUUAAGCGGGAGUUGUGUUCGCCGACAGGAGGCGUGUCUCCUCCACAGAGCCCGAGCGGCUCCUCCAUCCGAGCACAUGAACCACUGCUGCCACUGUACUCACACUUCACCAGCCCGAGCUGCUCUCAACACCCGAGGCCACCCGUACAUGGAUUUCUCCUGGAUUUCCCAUCUCUAACAUGGACGCCCGGUCGGAAGGUUGCUCCUUUGCGCAGUGAGACGGACAUGCGGAGCAUCGCUGAUGGAGUGUCCUCUUCUGUCUCAGUGACCAUGCCGUGAUCACACCGCUGACAAGAUAAAACACCUCCAAAAGCAGAAACAAGUGGGAAUCUUACGAUCCGUCCAGGGGAAUGACAUGCAGUGCAUCGCAGGCUUCAUGAAGAUGUGCUCUCCUCUGGUAACUCAUCAGAGAUGGCUUGGGCUGUUGCUGCUCUUACUGUGUGUGGGAUAUUCUCACGGGAUGCCACAUGUGCUGAGAUUCGGGGGGAUAUUUGAAUCCAUUGAAAGUGGCCCAUCAGGUGCUGAAGAACUUGCCUUUAAGUUUGCUUUAAAUACAAUCAACAGGAACAGAACUUUACUGCCAAACACCACACUUACAUACGACAUCCAAAGGAUAAACAUCCACGACAGCUUUGAGGCCUCCAGAAAAGCUUGUGACCAGCUCUCUCUGGGUGUGGCGGCCAUCUUUGGCCCAUCCCACAGUUCUUCGGCCAACGCGGUGCAGUCCAUCUGUAACGCUCUCGGGGUGCCUCAUAUCCAGACCAAGUGGAAGCACCAAGUGUCAGACAACCGUGACUCCUUCUACGUCAGCCUUUACCCAGACUUCUCCUCCCUCAGCAGAGCCAUUUUAGACUUGGUUCACUUCUUCAAGUGGAAAACGGUCACUGUGGUUUACGAUGACAGCACAGGUCUGAUUCGAUUACAGGAGCUCAUCAAGGCUCCAUCUCGUUACAACAUCCGAUUAAAAAUCCGGCAGCUACCAGCAGAAACAAAAGAUGCCAAGCCCCUUCUUAAAGAAAUGAAACGAGGAAAAGAGUUUCAUGUGAUUUUUGACUGUGGUCAUGAGAUGGCAGCUGGCAUCCUUAAACAGGCUCUCGCUAUGGGAAUGAUGACAGAGUAUUACCACUACAUUUUUACUACCCUGGAUCUCUUCGCAUUGGAUGUGGAACCCUAUCGCUACAGCGGGGUCAACAUGACAGGAUUCCGUAUCCUAAACACAGAGAACAGCCAGGUGUCGUCCAUCAUUGAAAAGUGGUCCAUGGAGCGUCUACAGGCACCGCCUAAACCAGACUCUGGCCUACUGGAUGGUUUCAUGACAACAGAUGCUGCCCUGAUGUAUGACGCAGUACAUGUGGUGGCUGUGGCCGUCCAACAGUCUCCUCAAAUCACCGUCAGCUCACUCCAGUGUAACCGCCACAAGCCCUGGCGCUUCGGCAACCGCUUCAUGACGCUCAUCAAAGAGGCCCACUGGGAUGGCUUGACCGGACGGAUAAAUUUCAACAGGACCAACGGCCUGAGGACAGAUUUCGAUCUGGAUGUGAUCAGCCUGAAGGAAGAGGGGCUAGAGAAGAUUGGGACAUGGGAUCCUGCAAGUGGUUUGAACAUGACAGAGAAUCAGAAGGGAAAGGCAGCCAAUGUGACUGACUCUCUCUCCAACAGAUCGCUGGUGGUGUCCACUAUACUGGAAGAGCCUUACGUGAUGUUCAAGAAGUCAGAUAAACCGUUGUACGGUAACGAUCGUUUCGAGGGCUUCUGCAUCGACCUGCUGCGAGAGCUGGCUGCCAUCCUGGGCUUCACCUAUGAAUUGCGACUGGUGGAGGAUGGCAAAUACGGAGCGCAGGAAGAGAGCACGGGCCAGUGGAAUGGCAUGGUCCGAGAACUGAUGGACCAUAAAGCUGAUCUUGCAGUGGCGCCCCUGGCCAUCACGUACGUGCGGGAGAAGGUCAUCGACUUUUCCAAACCCUUCCUGACGCUGGGGAUAAGUAUACUGUACCGCAAGCCCAACGGCACCAACCCAGGGGUGUUCUCCUUUCUCAACCCCCUGUCCCCCGACAUCUGGAUGUAUAUUCUGCUCGCUUACUUGGGUGUCAGUUGUGUGCUGUUUGUCAUAGCCAGGUUUAGCCCCUACGAAUGGUAUAACCCCCACCCAUGCAACCCCGACUCGGACGUGGUGGAAAACAAUUUCACCCUGCUAAAUAGUUUCUGGUUCGGAGUUGGAGCUCUCAUGCAGCAAGGAUCUGAGCUCAUGCCCAAAGCCCUUUCCACCAGGAUAGUAGGAGGAAUCUGGUGGUUUUUUACCCUAAUCAUCAUCUCCUCCUAUACGGCCAACCUAGCCGCCUUCCUCACCGUGGAGAGAAUGGAAUCUCCAAUUGACUCGGCUGAUGACCUGGCCAAGCAGACCAAGAUUGAGUAUGGAGUGGUGGAGGAUGGUGCUACAAUGACCUUCUUUAAGAAAACAAAGAUCUCCACGUAUGAUAAGAUGUGGGAGUUCAUGAGCAGUCGAAGACAUUCGGUCAUGGUGAAGAGCAUCGAGGAGGGAAUUGAACGCGUUCUCACCUCAGAUUAUGCCUUCCUCAUGGAGUCCACCACUAUCGAAUUCGUCACCCAGCGCAACUGCAACCUCACACAGAUCGGAGGCCUCAUAGACUCCAAGGCCUACGGGGUUGGCACCCCAAUGGGGUCCCCGUACCGAGAUAAGAUCACCAUCGCAAUCCUGCAGCUACAGGAAGAAGGGAAGCUGCACAUGAUGAAGGAGAAAUGGUGGCGAGGAAACGGCUGUCCUGAGGAGGAGAACAAAGAGGCCAGUGCGCUGGGCGUCCAGAACAUCGGUGGCAUUUUCAUAGUGUUGGCUGCGGGACUCGUCCUCUCUGUAUUUGUGGCAGUUGGGGAGUUUCUCUAUAAGUCCAAACAAAACGCACAGCUGGAAAAGACAGAGCCUGUUUCUGGAGAGCAAACAGUCCUUCUUGAUGUAAGUCUCUGAAGACAGAAGGGCUUGGGCUUUACUUGUUCAAAUGGCUGCCAUUGUGUCAUCUCGCCUCAACAGAUGUGUUGUUCUUUCCCCUUAUCCACUUCACUCCAAUACUUGAUCUACUGAACCAGUAAAUGCUUGAAGUGUACAGUCCAUAAUGAGGUAGAAAAAACUGCUUGGAAAUGAAUGAACUCCAGUUCUCUCACUCUUUUUUCUUCUCCCAUCACAAAUAUGAUGUUUAAGCACAUAUUGGCUCUUACAGAAUUUAUUGGCAAAUGAAAUUCUACACAUGAGCUGUGAUUUCACUCACUAGACUGUAGUGCAGGUUUGCUUGAUCGUAUUUGUUUGUUUAUUUAUUUAUUGGUUGGAACUGAUUUUGUCAUUUUAAUUUUCUGUUAUUAUUAUUAUUAUUAUUAACUUUGCAGGAAAUUCCAAUUGAGGAUGUAGUUACUGUGCAGUAAUAAUCCAUGCAGUCUGAUCUUUAAGGGCGUUUUCUCUCUUGAGUCUUCUUUCAAAUAACCAAAUGUCACUUGAUUGGAUGAAAACAAGUGUCUAGUUUCCUUUGCAUUAACACUGUCCUAUUAGUAUUUAGGUCACAUUUUAUAUUAGGUGUCUUUAACUACUAUGUACUUAUUAUACAUAAAACAUAAAUAAAUAAAAAAGUACAAUAUACUUAUUGUGUUCAUAUUGUAUUGCAAAACAUUUGUGCUGGUAUUGAGGUGGGAUACAGGUAAGGUUUGGUGAUAUGGGUUGGUUUAAGGGUGGGUUAAGGUGUAAGGGAAGGUCAACAGUGUAAUUAUAGAUGUAAUUACAGAAAUUAAUUGCAGAUGUAAUUACAUGCAGGUAUUUUAUUUAUUUAUUUAUUUUUUUUUAAAUAUUAGUACAAUAUAAAAAGUGUGUACACAAUAAGUACAUUGUAUCAAAUAAUUAAUUUAAAUGUAAAUACAUAGUAGUUAAAGACACCAAACAUAAUUUAUUAAUCAUUUAUAAUGUAUUUGUUCAUAAUUUCUCCACUUUCACCACCAAGCCUUAUUUUUCACUACACGAUUAUCAUGGCCUAAAGAAUUCACGAUAACGAUAUAUCGCGAUAUCUAUAGAAAUCUUGAAAAAAUAAAUGUAUGUAAAACAGUCAAGUUCAAAUGAAAAAUUACACAUAACUGCAACCAGUUUGAAAUAUCUUCCUUCUAUGAACUAAUGUGACUUCUUAUCACAGAAUUAGGCAGAAAUUUUGUUAUUUUAUAGUAUUCUAUACAGUGAUUAAGGUUAUGUUGAUUAGCAUUGCAUAAUAAAUAUACCUUAUCCAUGUGAAAAUACCUGUUAUGGCUUGAAGAACACAGAUAAAUUAUAUAUUUUCGCAAUGGUGUGUUAAUUCUCUUCCCCCCGAUUUUCACAGGUUCACAAGGCUUAAGCUAGUCUUAGACUAAAAUGCAUGUUUGAGCUGUUUUAACUGAAAGCAACUCGUACUGACAUAUCUUAAAAUAUGUCAGGGCCAUUGUUUUGUCUCAAGAAGCACACCAGUGAUGUUUGUUUGUUUUUCUAGUGGACGUUUAUAAAAGCUACUUAAAUGCCCUAAUUGAACUAAGGCCUAAUCCUGGUUUAGGCUAAGCCCUGUCUGUGAAACCGGGCCUUCAUGUUUAAUCAAUCAAAAUGACUGUUUGCAUUUUAUUCAGCUACAGCGGUAGCUGCAUGUCUGUCUAUAUUAGGGAUUUCCUAGAACAUCAUAAGUUUUAUUACUCCUAUGAGUCUCUCUUGUGGACUUUCUGAGCGAGGGCGCCCUCCAGCGUCGAGUAUGAAUGAAACAAAUUACAUGUGAGAGUUUAGCAUUCCAGAUUAUGCUCACAUCGCCCUAUUUUGGGUAAAAAAAAAAAAAAAAAUAAAUUUAAAAACAAAUACUGCUCUCUACAAGAUAUUUGAAGUAAACAUAUGAUAAUCCAUGGGGUUUUAUCAGAAUGAGCACACUUUUGGACUAAAAGCCCAAAGGGAUGUAAAUAUAAUAAUAAAACACAGAAACUCGUCAGCGGUUAACAGGUUAAUGUAAAAUUUCCCGUUUCAGGACUAGCAAAAUAAUUGUAACUUACUCUCUGUACAGUGCUCAAAUCUGCAAGAUAGCAAAGGUGGAGGUGUGUGAAGAAGUUGGUGGUUUUGCACCCUUUUGCGCUCACUAUUGAUCGGCAAGUCCUGUAGACUGGGCUGAUUAACGAGUCAUUUUUGCAGAAUUCAAAAAACUUCCACACUGGCAAGCUCACUGUCUUGGAGUGCGGGUAGAGUGUCUCAUAUGUCAUUUCGAACUACAUGCUUUUAGUACAUGUCAUAUUAUCAUAUGUGUACUAUUCAUUUUAAAUUUGAAAGUGUUGCGAAACGUGCAAUGUAAUUUUUUUGCAGAAAUCUCGGCAAGGCACGUUUUUCCAAGGUUGGUUUGGAAAUAGUAUAAUCAUCUAAUCUCAUUCUAUUUGCAUUUUAUCAUUACUUUAGUAUGGGAGCCCCUAUGGGCCAAAAAUCUUUAUAAUUUGUGAAUGGCAAAAUAAAAUGAACCUGCCACGCUGUGUGUUCUCAUUGCACAUGCCGAUCAAACAGCACAGUGGACACUGAGAUGGUCUAAGUACAGUUAUAUUUUAAAGAGGUCUUUGUUUGUUUGAAGCGUUCAAAAUUUGCACCCUAAAUAUGGAUAAUCUAAUGCUGUUUUUAGUGGUUUUUGUUCAACUACAAUGACAGCAUCAACCUGCCAGCUUCAGUAUUGAUAGUUUUCUUCUGAGUCCCAAAAAGCGCAGCUCCAUUUAUUCACUCAUAGAGGAAGAAGUGUCUUUUAUACUCAUCUCGGAUUUAUUGUAUUGAUCUCUCUAAGUGCUUUUGUUUGUUUGCUGUAAGCCAUCGUAUUGACAUUCACAAAUAUUCUGGCAAGGCGUUAUUUUGCUGCCUGAUCCUUGUUUGUUUAAUGAUUACAUUGACAAGAUAAGCCGACUGGCCAAUGAUACAGAGUUUGACAGUGGAGACAUACAGAAAGAAAAAGACCUAUAGUUCAUGACAUUUCUUUGUUAUAUAUUGUUUAAAUCAGCGGUUCUCAACUGGUUUGGCCACGAGACACACAUUUUCCCAUGGUCAUUAAGCCACGACCCACAUUUUUAGGAACUGUUUUUCUCAAAAAUGGUUGACACACACAAAGUCCCACUUCACUUAACAUACAAAUAAAUUGUAUUAACACUGAUGAAUAAACGGUAUAAUGUAAGGUUAUUAAAUAGCAGUCCCAAACUAGCGUUAAUACAAUAAAGUUAAGUGAGUCUGUAUGAGCCACCAGUCACACAAAAAAACCCAAAGUGAAAAUAAAGUGGGGUUACACUUUAUUUUAAGGUGAUGUACAUUGUACUUACUCAAUUAAGUACUAAGUAAUAUUAAUUAACUAUAUGUAUUUACAAACGGUUUGGUUUAGGGUUAGUUACUUGUAAUUAUGCAUAAUUUACUGAUAUUAGUGUACUGAUAAGUACAUGUAGUAACAUGUGACUGUGUCAACUUAAAAUAAAGUUACCUAAAGUGGUAUUUUGGAAACUACAGUUACCAUGGUAAAUACACAAUGGCCCGGUUUCACAGACAGCGCUUAGCCUAAGCCUGGAUUAGGGCAUAUAAGUAGCUUUUAUAAACGUUCAGUAGAAAAAAAAGAAAAAAAAAAACAUUACUGGUGUGCAUCUUGAGACAAAACAAUAGCAGUGACAUAUACAAUGAAUACAAUCCUCAAUUGGAUGGAACUGGAAUAAAUACUUUGAAUGUUGCGAUCCUGUCGGACUUAUGAUAGCUACCUGAAUCGACAAAGCACUGUUGGCCAGAGGAGAACUGGCCCCCCGACUAAGCCUGGUUUCUCCCAAGGUUUUUUUCUCCAUUUAAACACCUAUUUGCCACUUGUCUGCCACCUGAUGGAGUUUGGGUUCCUUGCCGCUGUCGCCUUUGGCUUGCUUAGUUGGGGACACUUGACAUUUGACUUGACAUUUGAUAUUCAACAGUGCUUUGAUCUGCCUGCAUUGACACUAUUCUUUUAAGAGCUGCUGAGCCAAAUAAUGUACCAGUUAUCAAUGUAAAGCUGCUUUGACACAAUCUACAUUGUAAAAAGCGCUAUAUAAAUAAAGGUGACUUGACUUGACUUGACAUAUUUUAAGAUAGUAAGUCAGUGCAAGUUACUUUGAGGUAAAACAGGGGAAUAUUACCAUGAACCGUUAAAACAUUGACACUGAUCCUGAAGAACAGAAUGAACCUGCAUGUAAAUUCUUCCCAGCUAACACAAAAAAUAGUUACCUAAUUCAUUGGUAAUUUUUGGUAAUUUCUUGACUGACUAAUUGACAACAUAACUACAACUUUGUUUUUCUGAGGUGAGAGACAUCUUGUUUCAUAACAUAUAGAAUAAUGACAGUGACAAAAAUCCUGACAUCUUAUCUGACCACAGAUACUGAAUCAGAAUAACACGUUUUUCUCACGCACUCUUUACUUAGAGACAACAGCUUUCACACAUGUCCUUCAAAAUAAAAGUUUUGCAUCAGUAAAACAUUUAGAAUUUAGUUUUUUUCUUGUUGUCACACUCAAAACGGUCUUGUGACCUACUGAUUGAGAAACACUGGUCUAAAUAAUGUUAGGUAAUGUUCUUAAUGAGAGUUUUUCUGAAGUGUUACUCAUGUAACAUGUAGUUUGUUUAUAUUGGGGGUCCCUGGGUUGGCUGCGAGUCUGGGUCAAAACCUGUAAAGGUUGAAAACAGCUUUUAGAUUAAUCAUUGGCUCAAAUUUAUUUUAUGUAACACUUUACAAUUACAUUACAUUUACAAUUUACAUUUGUUAACAUGAACUAAAAAGUCUUCUAAAGCAUUUAUUAAUCUUAGUUAAUGUUCAUUUCAACAUUGAAUCAUACUUUAUUAAAAUAAAAAAGGUGUUAAUCUUAUUUAAUGGAACUGAGCUAACACUACCAAUAAAUAGUUAUACAGUGUUUCCAUUAUCUAAUGCUAACAAAGAUAAAUAAAUACUGUAACAAAUGUAGCUAUUGCUCAUUGUUAAUGUUAGUUAAUGCAUUAACCAAGGUUAACUAAAACAACCUUAUUGUAAAGUGCUACCGAAUAAACAACUAUAGGCUUCAUGAAGCAUAUGGUGUCGAGAGAGUGUAUCAAAACUGAGACUGAUGGAUGAUGAUUUUGUCAGUAUUUUAAUUCAAUUUAGUAAUGCAUUUUUUAUGCAAACACACGCUUGAGAGCAUGUAAAUCAGGUAUCAUAUCUUGCAACUGAAAAUGAUAGAGAGGCAAUUAAAGUAUUUUUGUAGAAGACUUGAGCUGCUGUCUUUUGUUCAGUUCAGUUUUUUUUUUUUUUUUUUUUUUACACUAUUCUGCAGAAGAAGAAGAAAAAAAACAUCAUAUGGAAAUGCCUCUUCCUCCUCAGCAGCACAUUCCCCCAGAAAUUUGCAUUUUAUAAUUGCCUCUAUUUUGUAAGAUUAGGAAAGAGCCAACAGUCUGACCAACAAUCUUAUUGCUUUAGAUAAAAAUGUAUAAAUGCUUCUAACAUAAUGUGAUGUAGAUUUUCUGCGGUUUCUCCCUCCACCACCAGAACACAAAAACAGAUUUAUUUGCAUCUGGUUAAAAUCAUUUACACUGGUGAUAAAAGUUCACAGGUUCAGCAUCAGAAUGGUGUAUCGUUUUAGUAAAUACAACAAGUAUUGCAAGAAAACUACAAAAUACUUUGUAGAAUUGCCCAUGGUUUAUUUAUGGAGUUUAUGAUUAUUUGUUCAAUGCAUCUUUAUUUUGACAGUGUAUGCUCCAAUAUAGAUCACAUACACAUACACAAAGGCACAAAUAAAUUAUUGUUUAAAUAAAAGGAUUACUAUAAUAUUUCUGCUUCUCGUUUUCCUUUUUUUUUUUUCUGCACAUUUUACAUGAAUAUUCUUCCACCUCUGCUUUCUGCUGCUCAAUUUCACUUUACUGUAGUUUGAACAGCUAAAGAAUCAUGUCUACACCAUCACUACAUGUCAACUAGCUCUCAUUAGAGUAUUAGUAGACUGUCUGCUUAAUAUCUGCUAACACUUUAUUUAUACUCUUAGUAACUUUACAACUUAGUCUACUAACCCGAACCCUAACCUAACAGUCUACUAAUACUCUAAUGAGAGUUAGUUGACAUUGUGACGAGCAGGGCAGGCGAGAGCUGUGAGUGUCAGCUGCAUGUCGCACCGGUCUCGUAUCUCUCACGGAGGAGCUCCGGAACCAUAAAAGGAGGAGCGACGACAGUGAAGGACGAGAGAGGACCAGGCCUGGAUUUUACUUUAUGUUUUAUUAUGUUUGUGUGGCCGGCAGACGUCUGUGAGGGUCUACCGGCAUUUACUUUCGCUUUGUAUUUGUUUAUUUUAUAUAUUAAAGUUGUGUUGAACUUUCAAACAGAUUUAAUAUAUAAAAUGCUUCCGGAGCUCCUCUGUGAGAGAUACGAGACAGGUGCAACGCGCAGCUGACACUCGUUACCACUCACGGCCGUUCCCUCACGGCUCUCGGCCGCCCUGCUCAUCACAGACAUGUAGUUGCAAAGUUACUUAUAGUUAGUAGAAUGUCUAAAAUGGACCAUCGGAAAAAAGUGUAACCGAAUCCGUUCUCCUGAAAGUCCCCCCCUGUCCACACUUAAUGUGUUAAUACAUUUCCUCUUUUUUCUUUGAUAUCUUGAUGUUUUAUAUCCAAUUUGUCAUUGAAAUGUUACUGUUUAAAGGUUGCUCUUUCAUUGCCUUUGAACAUUAUUGACAUUCUUAUUUAUAUUUAAUCAAAUAUCAAAUAUUUAUCUAAUCAUAUCUGAUUUAUCUUAAAAUUCCUGUGAAUAAAUGAAACUUUUUUUUAUUUUCUAAUUGAUUUUAAUUCUUAUUCCUGUGGUAUGCAAUUGCCCCGUAGACUUCAAUUACUGCAAAUGAGGGAAGAGUCAAUAUUAUUGUGCAUCACUCAGAAUCUCGUAUGUGUGGCUGAAUUUUAAACAUCAGUUAUUAAAGUUUGCACUAGUCAUAAUAAUCUAGUUGCUAAUGUUCUGUUAUUGGCUAUUGUGGAGGAUGUCGAUAUGAAGAAAGCAGAUCAUUGGGUAAGAAGACUGAUCAAAAGCACUUUUAUUAUUUCAUAUCUUCACGUCACUCACAAACAUAUCUUAACUGAAAAUGCUGUAAAUGAAGUCAGAUUGUUCACAAAAGCUGAGCCGCAAGAUGAAAUUAUUCAUAGCACAAACUGCACAGGCAAUUUUUGCAUUUACUUUUUUGUGUAUUGGUGUUUAUUUUGUACUUUUUGAUGCUUUUAUUCAUUUCCAAACAAAUCUGAAUAAGUCAUAAGACUCUAAAGGAUGAGGCUGUUGAAUAAUGUGUGUGUGUUAAUAAUUUAUUAAGCUGAAAUGCAGGAUGACAAUCACGUGUUUGCUUGCUUCACCAUUAUACAGCUGAAAACACCACCAUUUGUUUCUUGUUUGGAGAGUUGAGGGGUGGGAGGGUGUUUAAUUGGCCAUAAGGCCAUACAGGAUUUGAAUCUGAAGGAAAAUAAUAUGCAUCAAUAAAUCAUGCAGCAUCCUGGCAGGAGGAAGCAAGGUGAAAUCUGCCAUGGAGAAAUCGCUUUUGUUGUUAUGUUGUGCAUCCACACGGACACCAGCGUAAUCAUUCCACCCUGUCUCCAUUUCCACCUUUCACUCCCUGCUAUCCAUCACCCCACAUCACCCACAGACCCCCACUGACCCCACUGUCCUCCACCUAUCUGGGAACUGAAAGCCAGUAUGUGUGUUUGUGCAGGGCUUGACAUUAACUUUUUUGCUCUCCAGCUACUGUGUCUAGUGGUUUCACAAAGUUACCAGCCACUCAGCAUUUUCACUGGCCACAAUUUUGACAUUGAUAACAUUGGGAAAAACUGCAUAGAUAUUUUUAAUAUAACCUCAUAAUUUGUCAGCAGGUAUAUUAGGCUGCUGUCACUUUAAGAGCUGACACACAGAUCCAUUAUACUGUUACACAUUUUCUUUCUCAACUGUUUACAUUCACUUAAAACAUAACUGUUUAUGUGAAUACUCACCAAGACCGGCAUUUUGACAUUAUUUUGUGUGAAUUUGACUGUUUAAGUGCAAUAAUCAGUGAAAAAGAUCUCAAUUUAGUACUGAGAGGUGGCUUUGUGCGCCGCACUUUAGGUGUGAGCACAAAAUUUGCGGGAAUGAGUAAAAUAAUGUGCAAUACAAGCAGUCCUACGCCGAAAUUCAAGCCCUGUAACACCAACAAUAUUCAUCCAGAACAAAUCGAGGAGGGUUUGUGUGUAACUCGCUGUCGGAGAGAUGAGAGAGAGAGAAAGAGCAGCUGGUAUUGUGUGUCUAUUCUGCAGAAAAUGAGUAUUGGAAGCAUUUCAGAUAUUUCAGUAUCGAAACAGUAUGUAUUGAAAAAUCAGUAUUUUUGACAAUUUAAAGGAAUUUUCCAUAACAGCGCUAAAACAGUGUCCUUUGUUUACAAAAGUCCCUUUCAAUUUAAAAGUCUCUUGCAACUGACUGACUCAUUCACUCAUAAUGUUUGACGCCAUCUAAUGGACUUUCACUCAAUCCAUAUUACGCACUAAUGGAUCCUUUCUUAAUACCAAAUACAAAAUAUUAUUUAUAUAAAAUAAUAUUUAUUGAAGAACAGUAUUUAAAUUAACAACAAUAGCCAUUACAAAUGACAAUAGGAAAUAAACACAAUUGUACAAUUCAGUAAAACGUACAAGAGCAGUGCUCUACAGGAUGCAAGUUAAAUAUAGCCUUAAAAUUAAAUUAUUAAAUUUAACAUAGCCCAAUUCAAUUUGCUCUGGAACAAGUAAUAAAUUAAUAAGACCAAAGACUGCCCGUUUUAUGUAACCAAAAUGAAUUAUAUCUCAUGUUUAACCACUAUAAGACACAGCAGCAAAUCCCCGAAUCACUGGUCGAGAUGAAGCUGUUCUCGGCGGGUACACGAGCACUGAACGGCCGCUGACAGCCUGGAGCUCACAUCUCCAAAAACAUCUAAACAAAUUGUAAAAUAGGUGCUAUGAUUAAAAAUGAGUCACAUAUAACUCUUUAAAACUACAGUUCGUGGUACAACAAGUGUAGUAUUUGUAAAAAAAAAAAAAAAAAAAAAAAAUACGGAUGAUUUGCUCAGCCGCCAUGACAAUCGCUUCAAGCUGAGUGAUACAAACAGUGAAAAGGAGUGUUGUUAUCACUAAAAUAUUGCACGGCUAUCAGCCAAUCAGAUUACAGAACCAGAAAGAACUGCUGUAUAAAUAUAUAUAUAUAAUACACACGCAUUUGGCAGGUUGCCGGGUGUUAAUGUCAAGCCCUGUGUUUGUGUAUUGGAAGCGAAGGAACAUCCAGUCAUCUGUGUUCUUCUGU